GCGAGGAGGGGAGCGUGUGUGCGUGGCCGGAGUGUGUGCGAGUGCCGUCCCUCCCAUCUCUCUCUCUCUCUCUCUCUCCCUCGCGGGAGCCCAGGGCGAAGGAGAGAGGGGCCGAGAUUGAGAGGGAGGGAAACUCCCCCGAAAAGCCAAGGCACGGAGGGCAAGGGCCCCGCAGCCCCUCCUGCCCCGCCGCCGCCUCCUCUGCCCGGCGCGUCUUCACCUCGGCCUCCCUCCGCCCCGAACCCGGAGAGGGCAAUGCCUGGACGGUAGUCCUUGGGGGUCUUUGCCCGCUGCCGCCUUCCUCCUCCUCCUCCUCCUCCUCCUGAGCGCCUCUUUCCUCUGCGAUGCCGCAGCCACUGGAUGGGAUGGAGCCGGAGCCUUCCUGCGCCUGGGACACGGCUUAGGCGCAGAGGCGGCAGGGCAGGUUUAAAGCUCCAGAGUGAAGAGACAGGAGCGAAAGAAAGCACCUGAAAAAGAACCACCAGGAAGACGGUUAAAAAAACCCUCUUUCCUUGAAAACCUGCAGGUGGGACGUGCAGGACUGGAGAUCCACUGUCCGAAAGCACUAAAAGAAGGUUUGGGAAACGCUGCCACACUGUGUAACUCAUAUAUUGUGAAUCACGGAGCACUGAGAAAAGGAACAAAGUUGAUAAUGAAAAUGGACAUGAAGGAUGCUGAUAUGACUCUAUGGACAGAGGCUGAAUUUGAAGACAAGUGUACAUACAUUGUAAACGAUCACCUCACGGAGCCCGGAACAGAAGGAACCCCCAUAACCCAGGCUGAGUCUUCCUUGCCAAGGAACUUGAUUUUCAAAUAUGCUGAAAAUGACAAAGAGGUUAUUGGUGUUAUUAGCAAAGAUAUUAUCCCCAAAGGAACACGCUUUGGACCCUUGGUUGGUGAAAUCUAUACCAAUGACACAGUUCCUAAGGAUGCAAACAGAAAAUAUUUUUGGCGGAUCUAUUCUGGGGGUGAGCUUCUGCACUUCAUUGAUGGAUUUAAUGAAGAAAAGAGCAAUUGGAUGCGUUACGUAAACCCUGCCCAUUCUGUUCAGGAGCAGAACCUGGCAGCUUGUCAGAAUGGCAUGGACAUCUACUUUUACACCAUCAAGCCCAUCCCGCCAGGCCAGGAGCUGCUUGUGUGGUAUUGCCGGGACUUUGCAGAGAGGUUGCACUAUCCUUCUACUGGAGACCUGAUGAAGAUGAAUAUUACACAAAGUAAUGUAAAUCCAAAGCAGCAAGCUAAUGACAAAGAUGAACUUUAUCAGAAAAAUGUUCCCCGAAGAGAACAUAGUGUGAAGGAAAUCUUGAAAACUGAUUCCAGUCAUCCUAGAGGAAGGGACUUGUUCUAUAGUCACCUUUCUCCGCAUACUCAAGAAAAAGACUUGGAGAGCUUGAGAAAAAAUUGUAGCCCCGAGAGGCCUUUCUACCCUCGAAUUGUCUACCCAAUCCGACCUCACAUUCCUGAAGAUUACCUGAAGGCUUCCAUUUAUGGGAUUGAGAGGCCUAGUUACAUUGCCCACUCACCUAUCCAGUCUUCUACCACACCAAGCCCCUCGGCCAGGAGUAGCCCAGACCAAAGUUUGAAAAGCUCAAGCCCCCACAGCAGCCCAGGAGUUACAGUAUCCCCCUCCGCUUCUAUGACUCAAGAGCACAGAGAACCUUAUCCAUACUUAAAUGGACUCUACAACUCAGAAGGAUUGGGGUCAUAUCCUGGCUAUGCUCCUUCAAGCCAUCUUCCACAAGCCUUUCCUUAUCCCAAAUUCCUCUUACCUCCAUACGGCAUGAGCAUCAACAAUUUCAAUCUGUUUCCAAGGAUGUAUCCUUUCUACAGCAGUCUACUUAGUGGAGGAAGCAUUUCUAAUCAUAUGCUGAACUCAUCUGCCCUUCCAAGUUCCUUGCCAUCAGAUGGGAGUCGCCAGCUCUUGCAACCUGAGCAUCCACGAGACUUCCUCAUCCCCGCACAUAAUAGUGCCUUCUCCAUCACGGGAGCCGCUGCCAGCAUGAAGGACAAGCCAUGUAGCCCAACCAGUGGGUCACCCACGGCAGGCACCGCAGCCACUUCGGAGCAUAUUAUGCAACCUAAACCUACCUCAGCAGUAUUGGCUGCCACCAGCAGCGAAGAAGCCAUGAAUCUCAUCAAGACCAAGAGAAACAUGACUGGUUACAAAACCCUUCCAUACCCACUGAAGAAACAGAAUGGCAAAAUCAAGUAUGAAUGCAAUGUCUGCUCCAAAACUUUUGGCCAGCUCUCUAAUCUCAAGGUUCACCUUCGAGUACACAGUGGAGAAAGACCAUUCAAAUGUACUACUUGCAAUAAAGGGUUUACUCAGCUGGCUCACCUCCAAAAGCACUAUCUGGUACACACAGGAGAAAAGCCCCACGAGUGUCAGGUCUGCCAUAAGCGGUUCAGCAGCACCAGCAACCUGAAGACCCACCUGCGGCUCCAUUCAGGGGAGAAGCCUUACCAGUGCAAGCUUUGCACGGCUAAAUUCACCCAGUUUGUGCACCUGAAGCUGCACAAACGGCUCCACACCAGAGAGCGUCCCCACAAGUGCAUCCACUGCCACAAGAGCUACAUUCACCUCUGUAGCCUCAAGGUCCAUCUAAAGGGCAACUGUCCUGCCGUCCCGGCCUCCAACCUUUCUUUAGAGGACCUCAAUCGCAUCAAUGAAGAGAUUGAGAAAUUUGACAUUAGUGACAGUGCAGACAGGUUGGAUGAUGUCGAGGACAAUAUAGACAUGGCAUCGGUGGUAGAGAAGGAAAUCCUUGCUGUGCUUAGAAGAGAGAUAGAAGGAGCCACGCUGAAAGCCUCGCUGCAGAGGAACCUAGGAAACGGGCGAGUCUCCUCAGGAUGCAGUCUUUACGAAUCGUCCGAUAUGUCACUUGUGAAGUUGCCUCACGGUCAUCCACUACCUCGGGUACCUGUAAAGGUCAAGCAAGAAACCGUUGAACCAAUGGACCCUUAACGCUGUGGGAUGUGUAUGGAUUGAAUGUGCACGGGUGAGAGUAUGCAUGUGUAUAUGUGCGCAUGUGCAUACGGAUACAUUUGUAUGUGAGACAAAGAAGUAAGUUUUUUUAAUUUAUGACUUGGCAAGUCAGGGUGCCUGUAGCAAUUGCUUGUGCAUAGUGUCAAUGUUGCAAAGCAAUCUUGGCUUACAGUAGUUUCCUCUAACUCCAGUUGUUAAGAAGGAACUCCAAAGUUGUUUUCUCAGGGCAUGAAAGGAGGCAAGGACUGUUUAUUGCCUCCCCUGCUUCCAAAAAAGACAAUCUUAUAUCCAUAAUCAUUUUCCAGUAAUUAUGCAUCAUAAUUUAUUAUGCAAUUUACCAUUCAAAAAGCAAUAGUUAGAAAAUAUUUACAAUGACUGAAACGUCCAUUGUAAGUUUGAAUAUAAGUGUUCUUCCCCCCCCCCCCCCUGUUGUCUUGUGGUCAUUCUUUGUAGAAUUUAUUCCUGUAAAACUGUUCAACAAAAGAGCAACAACCAAAAGGCUGCAAGGGGUGGGUUAGGGUGGGGUACUAUAUACCUUUUUCAGAAAUGAGGUUUUUGUUUUGCCAAAGGUAAAUCCUGGAGGUCCCUGUAGGCGUAGCAGUUCUUUGUAGUUUGACAAAGUGAUUAGAAAUGUGAAAUUACCUAAAAAUGUAUGCAGUAGUUUGAGAGAAUAAGUCAUACCGGUAAAGAGAUAGAUAAGAGAUUUGCAUCUUUAGUACUUCACACUUCAGAUGCAGAGAGAAUUCUCUGCCAGAAAUAAUGUGUAAAAUAGAGGGGGGACAAUAGUUGAAAAAACUAUUUCUCAAAUUAGCAGUUGGGCAUCAAGAAGCUUUGAGAAAGUUUUACAACCAAAUAACUUUUUUUGUCCACAAAUAACAGUAUUGCUGCAGUUUUUGCCAGUGAAGUGCUAUGAGCAAACCUGAUUUUUUUUAAAAUUCUCUGGGAAAUAAAUUUGGGACUUAUGUUCUUCUCUCAACUCUCUCCCCAAUUCUCUCUUUGCUUUCCUUGAUAUCAAAGCUUUUUCUUAGCAUUCCUAAUUCGUGUCCCCCCCUCCGUUUUUGUUUUGUUUUGUUUUUUUUUAAUCUGUAUGACUUAAGAUUUCUCUCAGUGUUUGUAAUUAGUACAUUUUGUGGUUAAUUUAAUUAAAGAUGAAGAGGGCAUUGCAAAAUUGCUGAACAACAGUUACCUCAUUGAGUGUGUCCAGUGGUGCAGAAAAUGCUGUUUUAUCUAAUGCUUUGCUACUUUAGAGAACAAACCAAAAUGUGCAGAGGAAAAGAUAACAUGCAUUUUUUUCUUUUUGUAAAUUGUUUUAUUGUGCUAAGCCCAAAGAUACCAUGCCGGCAUACAAGGUAUAGCAAAGAAUACAUGUAUAUUUAUGAAUAUUUAUACCAAUGUACCCUGUGUGUGCGCACAUGCAUUUAUUUUUAUACCACUUAUGUUUGUGAGCCAAAACCAUAAAAGAAAAAUCUGUUUUCCCUAGCUUGCUUCACCUUCCCAAAGAGAUAAAUGAUCAGCUUCCAACUAUAUUAGGAAAUCAUUCAUCUGUAUACAGGCAAAGUAAUUUUUACUGGCACCUGCAUACUGUUACAUAAGGAAGUUAAUCUACAUGUUGUCCAGAAUCCUCUAGGACAGUUACGAACGUGUAAGCUGGCGUUAUACACCCAUAACUGUUACAUAUUCACAGUCCUUACAUGGUCUCUAGUUUAGGGCUAUGUAGGGACUAUGAAAAUCCUCUAGUCUCCACUAUUUAGGAAGCAGGUGCUGCAAGCGACAGGGCUCUGUUCCCAUAUCAAUUGGGAAGCACCUGACUGUGGACCUUAUAUGAGCCAUCCUCUCUGCGGGGUGGGGCAGGUUCUCCCUGUUGCUCUUGAGGCCAAUCACAAGAAGGAGUGGAAGCUGCAGUCAGCUGCUUCCUGAAUAGAGAGGAGCAGACCCCAGUCAAUCGUAGCAGAUGCUUCCCAAAUAGUAGGGAUGGGAAUGGGGAACAUCUGGAAUGUACUGCAUAACACUGUAACUAUAUUACUUAUGCACCUGUAAAUCCCAUACAGGAUUCCAGCCCUUAAUUCUGUCGUUCCCAAAGUAUUCUAUGAAAAGGCUUCUUAGGCGUUCUAUACCAUACUGAAGACUUUUGCCUCUGGCCGAAAAAUACAAAAUUUAAAUUUUUUAAACCAAAAACCAGACAAGUCUUGAGCACAUUCAUCUAUGUGUAAUAUAAAUGUGGAGCUUAUUUCCAAAAGAUACCAAAUCCACCUGAACAAAUUUUACAGGAAUGAAAAAAAACCUGCUGAGGAUGUGCAUUCUUUUGCUAUGAAAUGCCAUUUUCUAAGCCUUGUACCAAAGCAAUGUUUCAAAUUUUGAUAGUUUUGAUCUGUACAUAAUAAUCUAAUCCUACCCAAAAAUGUGCUGCCACCUAUAACUCAUUUUUUAUAAAAAUGGUACCUUUUGGAAGCAAACUGCACAAAUAUACCCCAGGGCAAAGAGUAGGAUAAGUAAUUUAAACUGUUCUGGGAAGCCUAGCGUAAUUUCCUCUGCUUUUGAAAAGUUUGCAUGAUCAGAUGUAAUGGGUCCUAUGCCAGGAGAAAGGAGGAAUCUUCAUAAAAUAAGUUACUAGAGAAAACGAGCCAGUGUUAAUACACCCUUCUCCACUGUAUGUGUAUAUAUAUAUUUGUAUCACAUAAUAGUCUUAAAGAAUUAGACCAUUUCAGAAAUGAUACCAUUCUUAAAUGCCUUCUUAUUUAAAUCACCAAACACAUCUAUGGUCUAAAAGAAGCCCAAGAAAAACUUUUGAAUAUAGCUUUUGAAGGAAGGAUUACAGUUCAUUACAUUUCUGCUCCCAUAAAGUGUGAGGCAAAUAUAUUUAAAUGUAGCAAUGUUUCAUAAAUGUAGGAUUUUACUGUAGGAGAAACCAAAGUACCACUACCCUUAUCACUGGACACACACUUGCUUUUAAUAAUUGCCUGUAGUGCUUUCUUGUAUUUAAUACAAUUUUUACAAAGAUUUAUAUGCAUCAGCUUUAAAAAAAUUGCUUUUUCUCUGUCAAAUCUUCUCUCCGUUUAGGAACUUUACAUGUGAAUGUAGCAACAAUCAGUGUUUUUUUGUUUUUGUUUUUUAAGAACAGGCUCUGACCAAAGUUAAGAGGCUUUUUACUUUGCUAGAACAAACUAUCCUAUGUUUACGUACUGGUUUACAUUGUUAUUUAUGUGCAAAAAUGUCAAAAUGUAAAUUAAAUAUAAAAUGUUCAUUGCUUUA